AUGAAGUACUCUGCCAUCUUGACCAUAUCAUGGGCUCUGGCCACGUCAGUCGCCGGUGCUGCCAUCGACGACUGCCUCUUCAACUCUUCAGUCCCGGUGGACCCCAAGGGCAGCACGGUCUGGUACGAGGAUGUAUCAGCGUUUAACACGCGGGUGCAGUACCAGCCCGCGGCCAUUGUGCUUCCGAGGACUGUGGCCGAUGUCCAGGCGGCCGUGGCCUGCGCAGCUCGGCUGGGCGUCAAGGUCAAUCCCAAGGGCGGCGGCCACAGCUAUGGCUCGUUUGGCCUCGGUGGUGAGAACGGGCACCUAGUGAUUGAAAUGGACCGGUGGGACAAUGUAACGCUCGACACGACGACCAACAUUGCCACCAUCCAGGCUGGCGCUCGUCUCGGCCAUGUCUUUACAGAGCUGCUUAACCAAGGCGGCCGAGCCAUCAGCCACGGCACAUGCCCAGCAGUCGGUGUUGGCGGACACUCGCUGCACGGCGGCUUCGGCUUCAGCUCCUUUACACACGGGCUGGCACUAGACUGGAUGGUCGGCGCGGACGUCGUGCUUGCCAAUUCCAGCGUGGUGCGGUGCUCGGCGACAGAGAACACAGACCUGUUCUGGGCGCUGCGGGGCGCCGGUUCAUCUUUUGGCGUGGUGACGACGUUCUAUUUUAACACGUUUGCGGCACCAGCCAAGACGACCGUCUUCCAGGCGAGCUUGCCGUGGAACGCCAGCUCGUGCUCCAAGGGCUGGGCAGACCUGCAGGACUGGAUCGUAUCGGGCGGCCAGCCCAAGGAGAUGAACAUGCGCGUCUUUGGGAUGCAGUCGUUCACGCAACUCCAUGGCCUCUACCACGGCGACAAAGCAGCGCUCAUGCAAGCCAUCCAGCCGUUGAUGGACAAGCUUGGGACGUCUUUGUACCAGGCAGACGAGACAGAUUGGUACAAUGGUUUCCUUGCCUACGAUGACAGCAAGACUGUUGAUAUCACCAACUCAGAGUCAAGGAACGACACGUUUUAUGCAAAUUCGCUCAUGACGCAAGCCAUGCCACCCGCCGCCAUGCAAGACGCCUGCUCGUAUUGGUUUUCGGAGGGCGCAGCCAACAGCCGGCCAUGGUUUAUCAUCAUCGACAUGUUUGGCGGCAAAAACGGGUAUAUCACCAAUACGCCAGUGUCCGAAACAUCGUUUGCGCACCGUGACAAGUUGUACCUCUAUAACUUUUACGACCGCGUGGACUCAGGCACCUAUCCGGAAGACGGCUUCGGUUUCGUCAAGGGCUGGACCGAGGCUUUUACCCGGCAGCUCGCUGCUGGCAGCUACGGAAAAUAUGCCAACUAUGUCGAUCCUGCCAUGGACCGGACGUCCGCGGAGCAGGCCUACUACGGAGACAGCCUUUCAAGGUUGCAGCUUAUCAAGGCUGCUGUAGAUCCCAACCAAGUGUUUGAUUAUCCUCAAGCAGUUGUGCCGGCAUUUACGUCCUAA